AUGCGUUACGUCGCAGCUUACCUCCUCGCAGUGCUCGGCGGCAACGAGUCCCCCACGUCCAAGGACUUGAAGAAGAUCCUGGACAGCGUGGGCAUCGAGACGGACGAUGAACGCAUGAACAAGGUUAUUAGUGAACUGAAUGGGAAAAACAUUGAAGAUGUGAUUGCUCAGGGCAAUGGAAAGCUUGCCAGCAUGCCAGCUGGAGGAGCUGUGGCAGUCUCUGCUGGAGGGGGCUCUGCUGCUCCUGCUGCAGCUGCUGCCCCUGCUGCCGCUGAGGAGAAGAAAGAGGAGAAGAAGGAGGAAUCUGAAGAAUCUGACGAUGACAUGGGAUUCGGCCUAUUUGAUUAA